AUGAAUGUUGAGAGGGAGUUUGUCAGAAAUAAACGUGCUGAAGAGGUUACAAUCUCCAAUAUGCAGAAAGGACUCUGCAAAAAAGCAAAGGAGAUUUCUACCUUAUGCGGCAUCGAGAUUGCCAUUCUUAUCUUUUCAAUCAUAGGUCAACCGUUUUUAUUUGGAAGUCCGAAUGUUGAAUCGGUUGUUCGACGAUUUUUGAAGGCCAAGCAGCCAAUUGUAUCUCCUUUAAGUGGUUACAUACCAUAUGAAAGAACUAGCGGUCGCAAAAGAAAGGACGAAAUGGACAAAAAGAAAAAGAAAGUAGAAGAAAACAAGGACAAAGAAAAAGCUCUGGAAAGUAUUUUCACAUGCUGUCCAUUGGAAGAUCUCGAUCUGACUGAUUUGGAAAUGUUUGAAAAAUUAGAUCAAAAUAUCGAGAAACUUUCAAAUUAUUUGAUUGAAGAAAUUGCUCAGUUGCAGUUUGUGAUUGACGCUGAAGAUCCAAACUUAGCACUUGAAAUGAAUGUGACUAGUUCUUCGACUUUACCAUCUAAUUGGCUAAGUCUCUAA